AUGGAGACUUUUCUAUUCACAUCUGAGUCUGUGAACGAAGGACACCCAGACAAGCUUUGCGACCAGAUCUCUGAUGCAGUCCUCGAUGCCUGCCUUGAGCAAGACCCAGACAGCAAAGUUGCUUGUGAGACAUGCACCAAGACCAACAUGGUCAUGGUUUUCGGUGAGAUCACCACCAAGGCCACGGUUGACUACGAGAAGAUUGUUCGUGACACUUGCCGUGCUAUUGGUUUCAUCUCUGAUGAUGUUGGUCUCGAUGCUGACAAAUGCAAAGUCCUUGUCAACAUUGAACAACAGAGUCCAGACAUUGCUCAAGGUGUUCAUGGUCACUUCACCAAACGUCCUGAAGAGAUUGGAGCUGGUGACCAAGGACACAUGUUUGGUUACGCAACAGACGAAACCCCUGAGCUCAUGCCGUUGAGCCAUGUCCUUGCAACCAAGAUCGGUGCUCGUCUCACAGAAGUCAGAAAGAACGGUACCUGCCGUUGGUUAAGACCAGAUGGUAAAACCCAAGUCACUGUUGAGUACUACAACGAUAACGGCGCAAUGGUACCAGUCCGUGUCCACACCGUCCUUAUCUCAACCCAGCACGAUGAAACCGUGACCAACGACGAAAUCGCACGUGACCUCAAGGAACAUGUGAUCAAACCAAUCAUCCCAGAGAAAUACCUUGACGACAAAACAAUCUUCCAUCUCAACCCAUCAGGCAGGUUUGUGAUCGGUGGACCACACGGUGACGCUGGUUUAACCGGGCGUAAGAUCAUCAUCGACACAUACGGUGGAUGGGGAGCUCACGGAGGAGGUGCUUUCUCAGGGAAAGACCCAACCAAAGUGGACAGAAGCGGAGCAUACAUCGUUAGGCAAGCCGCGAAGAGCGUAGUGGCAAACGGAAUGGCUCGUAGGGCUCUUGUUCAGGUCUCGUACGCCAUUGGAGUCCCCGAGCCAUUGUCGGUGUUCGUGGAAACUUACGGAACAGGACUGAUUCCGGACAAGGAGAUAUUAAAGAUCGUGAAGGAGAGCUUCGAUUUCAGACCGGGAAUGAUGACGAUUAACUUGGAUUUGAAGAGAGGAGGAAAUGGAAGGUUUUUGAAAACGGCGGCGUAUGGACAUUUCGGAAGAGACGACCCUGAUUUCACUUGGGAGGUUGUCAAGCCACUCAAGUGGGACAAACCUCAAGCUUAA